GGGAACUACAGCUCCAUGCAUGCUCCGCGCCGAGACACGCGAUUGGCCGCGCUGAGGGCGGGGAGCUCCGUUACCCGGCGUGCCGCAGCCCCCUGGCGGCCGUUGGGGCCGGUGCAGCUGAGGUGAGUGCUCCGGCUGCCCGAGCAUCCUCGAAGGCGGCAGCGGAGGAGGCGGCGGCGGUAGAGAAGGCGGCAGCAGCAGCAGCAGCAGCAGAACUGCAGCAGCCCAAGGGACAGAGAGGAAGAGAGGACAGGUUCACUGAUGUUCUCACAGAAGAAGGGAAACCUUUCCAUUGUACCACGAGCAGAAGAAAACACGUCAGGGUCUGUAGACUGAGUUACUCAAGGGGAGAAAAAAUGAAGAGUACUGCCAGGCCUUGGAGUGCAGUGUCAAAGCCAGGAAGUCAUGGGGUUGACAGAGGAAAGUCGCUUUCCACUGCUUCAUCAGGAAUGAAGACAUCCAAGUCCUCGACUUCACUCGCUUUCGAAUCUCGGCUCAGCAAGCUGAAGAGGGCAUGCAGCGAUGAUAUGCUUACAAAACCAGGAGUGACAGCAGCUUCUGGAGUUUCUAGACUGAAGAAGACCAUUACAACUGGAGCAAUUUCUGAGCUUGCCGAGAGUCGGCUGAAGCCCGGCACAGAGAAGUUAUCAAUCUGUCCCUGGGACACAGCGGAAAUGCAGGAACAAAGAACCAGCGCUACCAUCUUCGUGUGUAGGUUGUCCUCCUAAGCUACAUUGUGGCAUGCUUCCUCCCUCUAUGUCAUCCCCACCAGCUUGUUCCUAUUGACUUCAGAUCUAAGCCCAUUUCUAAAGGCAGCGACACCAUCUGCAUACCAAGGACUUCUGAGCAAAUACUUUGUUUUCCCCUAGGAGCUCAGCAAAUGCUUUCUUUUGUCUGCUCCCUGGUAGCAUUUCCAGGGGAAUGUGAGAUGUUAUUAAAUUUGAUCAUGACCUCGCAAUUUGUCACAGCCUCUGCAGGGUUUGGCUGUGAAACAGAACAAUGAAAGUAACCAGAAAGAGAAUUCUCAU